CAGAUAAUCCUAAAGGUCUACCUUGAUAGCUCUGAGAGGAAGUUUAUUGAGGUUCCCAUUGGCCCAGAAACAUCUUGCAGAUAUAUCAUAGACUGUUGUAAAGAACCAGGGGAACAACUUUGCCACCUGGCUGAACUCUGGAGAGAUUGUGAGCGCCCUAUAAAUGAAACAGAAAGGCCAUAUGAUAUUUUGGAAGAGUGGGGUAUUCAUCGCGACGAGGUGAAAUUUUAUUUACGUCACGAAGCUGCUGUGGGAUUAAGCAUGAGGCCAGGAGAGCAAGGUAGACGGAAUCCUUAUGGAUAUUCAAGAGGGGAUAUGAGACUAGAUGGGGGACAUAACAAUCACAUGCACCGUGGCCCUGGGUCUGAGUUAACCCUCUCAGAACUUCAAGACAUGGCCUCCCGGCAACAGCAGCAAAUAGAACAGCAACAGCAGAUGCUGCUCGCUAAAGAACAGCGUCUAAAGUUCCUUAAACAGCAAGAAACGAGGCAGCAGCAAUUAACUGCAGAGAAUGAACGUCUACGGCAACUCCGGGAGAAGGUGGAGGCGCAAGAGUUGAAGCUGAAGAAACUGAGAGCCAUGAGAGGGCAGGUGGAUGCAUUUAAGAACAACAACACAACACUAGGUACAGAGUUGGACAGUGUUAAGAAGAUGUUUAAUGAAAAGGAGAAAGAGCUGGCCGUUGCUGUCGCUAAAGUAGAACAGCUUACAAACCAGUUAGAACAGCUUCAUACCAGUUAUGUAAAGGGAGUCACCCCUCCAGAGACUAAGACCUCAGAAAUUGAGAAGCUUCGUCAAGAGUUAAUGAUGAGAAACAAACUGAAUGAAGAUCAAAACAAGAAACUCACUGCCAAUACUGGGGUCAUCAACUCAAAGAAAUCGGAGAUGAGUUUCUUGGAUAAAAAGAUAAAAGAACUUCAAGAGAGACUGCGCAAAAAGCGGUCACAAAUUUCGGAAAAACCAAAAUGGAAUGUUGCAGCUGUGGAACCUUAUAUAAAACGUGCCCCUGAGAAUCUCACAAAGGACGAUAUGUAUUCAGUUGACAACCUUAAAGCAGGUUUUGGAAAAGAAAAUCCAAAAUAUCAAACUUUGCCCUAUAAUACAAAGUUCCCUGAUGCUGGUAAAGCAGAAGAUGACUUGAAAUACGGGGACAAGAUGUUUAUUAAUGGUGGCAGUGGCGAGACUAGAACUGAAGUUCCGAAUAUAAAUGAACCAAGCAAGAAAAUUCCAAUCACCCUGGCAACAUCAAUGCUUUCCGCAGCAGGUCAGCCAAGUCAAUCUCAAGCCAAACCCAUCACUGCUGAACUUGUUAAGGGAACAUGGCCCUCUCGCCCAGGAGCUAAUAUUCGUAACUUCGGCCCCAAGCCCUAUGGGCAAUCAUAUGGUGUAUCAAUGAUUCCAGGUGCCCCUCUGGCACCUGUGAGGCUUCAGGCAGACGGGCAGUCAGAAUCAAGUGGACAGAGUUCUCCCGUCACCAGCGAUCACGGUCCAACCACGGAGACAACCAGCCCCCUACAACAUAAACAAAUAAAUCAGGUUGCCCCUUCCAAAGAAGUCCAAUAUCCACCCUCACAACCCCCUAAGGAAAACACCCAAUCUCAGUGGGCCACUCCUGAAAAAGGCAAAGAACGAACCCCUCCUCCUCCUCUUGCUACCUCUAUAGCUAAAUACUCUACCCCUAUCAAGAAAACGGCCCCUGCAAGUGUAUAUGGACAAUUUAAAGUGACUGAUUCCCCGAAGGUUUCUGUUGUGGAGCGACAAACUGUCGAACCUAUUCAAGCAACUCAACCGGUAGUUGUAAGUACACAUCAACCUGAGCAGCCGAAAUUGACGGAACCGACAGUGACGUUAAAAUCCUUGGGUAAUGUCAGUUCAGGAUCUGGUGUAACGACAACUGUACAAGGUGGAGGAGAAGAGAAAAAGAAUGUGAAGUCUGUUGAAGGAGCACUCAAUGUAUUAAUGACUGGAAAACCAGCCACAGUGGCUACAGCACAGCCGUAUAAAUAUGCCCCUAAAAGUAUAGCUAAUCCAUAUCUUAACAGGCUAGGCUCUGGGGCUAUGGACCGAUACAAGCAAAAUAUGAAAAAUAUAUAUGAGCCCAAGCAACAAGAGAAACAACCAGAGACACAAACUGAGGUAAAAAUACAGACUGAGAGCCCAACAGCUAAAGUUCAUCCAUUAAAUGUAAAUAGGCCCAUAUCACCUGUUAAAACUACAUACGGUCAGAAGGCUUCCCAUACACCAAUUCCAAUACAAACCAUGGAUAAUAGGCCCCUGAGUCGACCAAUGUCUCCCAACAGGGCAAAUAAUCAGAAUAUUGAAGUAAAUCGCAAUAUUGGUCCCCCUUCGUAUACCUACGCUGAGCAGUUACGCAAUCAAUCCACCACAGAUUCUAAUGCCAAUUUUGAUAGUACGCCAUCUAUCAUUCACACCAAUAAUACACUAAUGCCAUUUGAUACACCAAAGACAAGUACUCCUCUUACUACAUUAUCAAGUCAGAAUUCCCAGAAUCAACCAAACACUGUGCAAUAUACACCUAGCGCUCCUAAGCCAACACGACGUCAGAUUCCUGUUGAUAACGUCUCCAUGGCAACCACUCCUUCUCCAACAUCCCCCUCCCAGCAAACAGAACCUCCAGGCAGUAAUGCGGAUUAUUUAUCAACUUCACAGACAUUUGUAAAUUCGAACCUCGAUAAAAACAUGCGUCGACAAUUGUUCCUGUAUGGAACAGCUACACUACCACAAUCUCCAGAUUCGCAAUCUGAACAACAACAAACGAGCCCCACGAAUUAUCAAACAAGCCCGACCAAUCGCCAACCUUCCCCACAAAGGACAUCACCAACGAGACCUCUAUCUCCCAAGAAACCACAUUCAGAGCCAGCUGCAAAGGUUAAUAUGCGUAAAAAGACCAAUUUAAGGAAUAAAGAUUCAGUGAAGAAAUCACGACGUGUUAGUUUCGAUCCACUGGCUCUGCUACUGGACGCAUCUUUAGAGGGAGAGCUUGAAUUGGUCAUGAGGACAGCCAAAGAGGUUUCCAACCCAAGUGCAGCCAAUGAUGAGGGUAUUACAGCGCUACAUAAUGCUAUAUGUGCGGGACAUCUAGACAUUGUCAAGUUCCUAAUAGAGUUUGGUUGUGACUCUAAUUCACAGGACAGUGAUGGAUGGACACCAUUGCAUUGUGCCGCCUCAUGUAACAACCUCCCUAUGGUGAAGUUCCUGGUUGAGCAUGGUGCCUGCAUCUUCGCUACAACCAUAAGUGAUUCGGAGACUGCAGCUGAGAAGUGUGAGGAAGAUGAAGAUGGAUAUGAUGGAUGUUCAGAGUUCCUUUAUAGUAUACAGGAAAAAUUAGGAAUCCUAAAUGGUGGGGUUGUGUAUACGCUAUACCAAUACAAAGCACAGAACCCAGAUGAGCUCAGCUUUAAUCCAGGUUACAGGAUGGUGGUCCUACGCAAGGGGGAUGAAAAGGAAAAAGAUUGGUGGUGGGUCAGGCAUGAGGAUAAAGAGGGCUAUGUUGCUAGAAACCUACUUGGGUUGUAUCCCAGAGUGAGGCCAAAGUUUCCAGCACCUGAUAGUCAAGCCUAGAGGGAGCUGAUAGUCAAGCCUAGAGGGAGCAAAUGUAUAAUAAUAAAUAUACGCACACUCAUAUGUACAGAACACCAGCAUAAAGUACAGGGCCAGAUAACUUGU